AUGGGCACUUCCGAUAAAACAGAAAACGCUGAUUGCACCAGCGUUGCAGUCAUUGCUGCUUCAAAUGUUGAUGGAUAUUUAAGAAAUGCGUCAAAACGAUUACGAGUGCCUGACCAGAAAGGAGGAAGGGGAACUCGGCGCAAGUUGGCGAUGGUGACUUCAGUCGUCCAAGCUGAGCAGACUUGUGAACCUGAGAUUAUAGAUGAUGAUUGGGAUGAGGUUGUUCUUCCUGUUGCAUCUUUAGCGAAGAGGGAUCCUGUAAAAAAAGAUACUGACUUUCCGUCUACUGUGGCAAAACCCGAAGCAAAUCUUCCUGUUUUAAAGGAUGAAGCUACCAGUCCAUAUGGAGUGGGAAGUGAUUCAUUUAUAAAGAAGGAAGCAAUUCUGAUUGAUGAUGACUUUGCAUCGUCUAUCACCAAAGAGCAGAACUCUUUUGAAAUAAAAGGCUCUAAGCGUCCUCUCAUUGAAAAACUACAGCGACCAUGGCGGAGGAGCGACCCAGCCUACGAGGCAAUGAUCGAACAGCGCGAUUUACUUGCUGCACAAAGAAAGUCAGAACGUAUUCGUCGUACUUCAGAAUUCGUGUUGAGUUUACUAGCUGUCAUGAUUCGUGGGCGUUUGAUUUGGCGGGAGUGCCAUCAUGUUGGUCUUCUAAAAGCGUUACUUUCUUUAAAAUUUCGCAAAGCCAAGCAUGAUUUUGAUUUUCAAUGGAAAAGAGGGGUUAAUUCUUUGGAGAGGGAAGUUGAUUCAUCAUCCGAAUCAUUUGAAAUGCAUUUUCCCUUUAUUACCAUGACAAAAACUGCCCGAAAGAUUAUUUCCGAGUCAAAGGCCCCACAUCUGUGUAAGCCAUCCCUUGCACCGACCUGGGUGACACUGAAUAAAGAUGCCGUUAAUAAUAAAACUUCAGAAGCUGUUAGAGUUCUUUUGAAAGUUAUUCAUGACCAUUUUGUAUUGAAACCGGAAUCAAUUGGCCUUGACCAAACUGUUGAAAGCGAUUCAACAAACCCUAGCAACGACACUGUUAAAGAGUUACAAAAUCCUGAAGCCAUAUUUUCUUCUUGGAGCGCGCCUAUUAUACGCGGGUUUCUGUACAAAAAAAUCCGAUGCAUGCAUCAUGAUAUUGCUAAAGAUGGUUCAAAGCGGGAGCCCCUUCCACAUCCUUUGUACUUUUCUGUGUUAUUUAUAUUAUUGUCAGCUGCGGCAGGAUUGCAAUGCCGUCUGGUGAUAGCAAAGAAGUUUGAAAAAGUAGCGAAGCAACUAGAAGGGGAUAAGAUCCAGAACCAGCCGACGGAGUCUAAGUUAGAAAAACUGUCUAUUUUUCACAAAAAUCACCAAAAAGGGGCUCAGACAAGUAAAACAGAAAAUCAAGCUGGGAAAUUAUCGUCGAAAAAGUUACCAACUUCUUGCUUUUGGGUUGAAGUUUGGAGUGAAGAACGACAGUGCUUUUUGGCUGCUAAUCCUUGUGGGGAAUGCACGACUUUAUGGGGAGCACCGUAUACCUUUUCCGUCGGUGGCGAUGUCAUUGUUGAUGUCACACCGCGUUAUAUUUCCAAAUACAGCACUGCCUACGCUUUCAACCAACGCAUGAACAGAUCUAGGCAAUUAUCCUUUUUAUGGAAAAAUAAACUGAAAUGGGAUGAUAACCGAGAAAUAUCCGAAGUUCUGUUGACUUCUUUUUCUAAGGAUAUGACCACCAUAACUCGUAAACAAGUGGCUCGAGAGAACAAACAGCUAGAGUCGCUCAUGUAUUCGGAAUCAAUUCCGACAACUUUAAAUGCUUUGCAUCAUCAUCCUCUUUUUGUGAUUGAAUCGGAUCUAGCGCGACAUGAGGGCAUUUACCCAAAGGAUAAUACCACCAUCCUUGGCAGAAUAAAAGGGCACGUCGUAUAUAAACGUUCCGCCGUGGUAAGUCUACGUUCGCGUGAUGGAUGGCUUCGAGAAGGGCGUAGAUUGAUAUCCGAGGAUAUACAGGCAUACAAGGUAAUGCCUCCUCCAGCCUCUCGCCCGUUUGCGGCGAAAUCGAUGUUUUACGGCAUUUGGCAGACAAAACCAUUUGAGCCUCUUCCUUUAGGGAGUAAUGGGAGUAUUCCGCAUCACCAGCGGACCUCGUGGUAUAUUCUUUUAGAUCAUUCACCCCCAAAGGGGAUCGUCCACUUAAAAGAGCCACAGAUCGCGCGAGUUGCGCGUCGUAUGCAGCUGGAUUUUGGCAUGGCGGUGAAGGGUUUUAUUCGUAAACAGGUGGAUGAGCGACGGCGAGGAAGUUGGGAGACGAUUAUUGAAGGAAUCGUUGUGAAGGAAAUAGAUAAGACGAAGCUUCUGUGCGCGUACGAGGAGUGGGUGCAGCUUGUUCAAGAACAGGAGGCGGCAAAACGUCGAAAUCGGGCCUUCUCGUGGUGGUUGUCCUUUUCUCAGCGACUGCUUUCCAUGGAUCGUUUGCGAAAUCAAUAUCUUACCGGGCAUUCCUUUGGAAGCAUGUUCACUUGUUAA